AUGGUGUAUAGGACACAACGCAACAACUCAACUCGAUUCUGUGCACAGCAAGUUACCCAGCAAGUCGAUAAAAUGCCUCGCCAGGUCACUGAUAUUAAGCUCUUUUUACAGCUUGCUCACAGAGGUGAUGCGACUUCUGCCCGUGUGAAGAAGAACCAAAACAAGGACGUUAAGUUCAAGCUUCGCUGCUCCAAGUACCUCUACACUUUGGUUGUCGCUGAUGCCAAGAAGGCCGAGAAGCUUCGUCAAUCUCUUCCUCCUGCUCUCACCGUUGCCGAAGUUGGCAAGAAGGCUUAG